GGCGGAAGAAAGGACUGCAGAACUGAUUGCCUGCAUUCAGCCCAAUCAACUCUCCGAGGAGCGCAGAAAUGCUGUUGCAUCUUAUGUGCAGCGGCUCAUCACAAGAUGCUUUUCAUGUCAGAGAGUACAUUAUUAAAUGGGACAAGAGAUAUGUUUCACCAAUGUCAUAUGUUUGCUAGUCUGUGGAUUAUAACUUUGUCAACCUUGAUGGCUGUUAUAUGGUGGAGAGAACAAUAUUGGAUACUGGGCACUUGGUUAUACUUGAGAUGUAGUAUGAAGUUAAUUUACGGUCCACACUCUUUACCACCUGUACGGUUGUACUAUUAGCAACUGGCACAUGGGAGUACGUAUUUAUUAUUAUUGUUUUAUUCUAUUUUAAAUUAUUUUUUAAAGAUAUAUCUUGUAGAAGUGAAGUGUGGAAACAUUUCCCAAAUGUUAAUUGAACUUGAAAGGGAAGAAUAUCUCCAAAUUACUUAUUGAUGAUGUGCAUUUGGAUGUCUUGUGGAAAUUUAAUACAUAAUCUUAGCAUGAACAUAUCGCCAUGAACUAUGAAGCACGGACACCUCUCCGAUGGCUCCGUACUAGUGUUGGACACGGACACGCGUCGGACACACGCGGUGGACACGUGUCCGACACGCACCAGAGAGUGUCCUAUUUUUUUUUUUUUUUUGAAGACAGACACGUUUCGACACUUGCGGGACACGUUCGGGGUGAAUUUCAAAAUUUACAAAACAUGUUUGGGGUCAAUUUGUAAAAAACCAAAAAUGGAACCGUAUCUGCCCUAAAUCGAAAGAGAAAGAGAGAAAGAGAGAAAGAAGAGAAAGAGAGAAGACGAAGAGAACAGAAGAGAAGAGAGACCUGGUCGAGAAAAAGAAGAGAAAGAGAGAAUACGAAGAGAACAGUAGAGAAGAGAGACCUGGUCGAUUUUCAGUGGUUGGUCGUCGCUCUUCGUUGCUAGUCGUCCGUUGCUCGUCGCUCCUCGUCCAUCGCUCGUAGCUCAUCUAAGGUGUUCACCUUUGGGUCGGUUCCGCUGAAGACAUAUCUACCUGAUGGGGAUAUUGAUUUGACUGCAUUUGGUAAAAAUGAAAGUUUGAAGGAUACUUGGGCCAAUGAGGUUCGUGAUAUGCUAAUGAACGAAGAGAAGAGUGAGGAUGCUGAAUUUCGUGUGAAAGAAGUUCAAUAUAUCCAGGCAGAGGUGAAGAUAAUUAAAUGCCUUGUAGACAAUAUUGUAGUGGACAUAUCGUUUAACCAACUUGGUGGUUUAUGUACUCUGUGCUUCCUUGAAGAGGUUGACAGUUUGGUAAAACAAAAUCAUCUAUUCAAGCGCAGCAUUAUACUGAUUAAAGCUUGGUGUUACUAUGAGAGCCGUAUACUGGGUGCUCAUCAUGGACUCAUUUCAACUUAUGCUCUGGAAACCUUGGUUUUGUAUAUAUUCCAUGUUUUCAAUAAUUCCUUUGCCGGACCACUUGAGGUACUUUAUCGUUUUCUUGAAUUCUUCAGUAAGUUUGACUGGGGCAACUUUUGUGUUAGCCUUUGGGGUCCAGUACCCAUUAAUUCACUUCCUGAUAUGACAGCUGAUCCUCCUCGAAAGGAUGGUGGAGAGUUAUUACUCAGCAAAGUAUUUCUUGAUGCUUGUAGCUCUGUAUACUCUGUUUUCCCUAGUAGUCCAGAAAAUCAUGAGCUACCAUUCAUAUCCAAACAUUUCAAUGUCAUUGAUCCUUUGCGUGCAAACAACAACCUUGGGCGUAGUGUCAGUAAAGGUAAUUUCUUUAGGAUUCGUAGCGCCUUUGCUUUUGGGGCUCAACGGUUGGCAAGAUUACUUGAUUGCCCAAAAGAGAAUAUAAUUGUUGAAGUCAAUCAGUUUUUCAUGAACACAUUGGAUAGGCAUGGGAAGGGGCAUCGCCCUGAUGCACCUAGCCCUGAAUUUUGUGGUUUGCGACCUGUUAACAUAAAUCACAUUGAUGGGUCUAAUGACCUUACAAAUUCUUCAAGCAGCAAGAAUGCAAAAGAGAAUUCUGCUAGUCAUGAAUCUAAAGUUGAGAAGAAAUGUACUUCUCACACUUCUCAUGGUGUUCUCUCCCAGCAUGGUAAUCAAUUCUUGAAACGGUUAUCUAGGCCCAAUAAUGUGUCUCUUGUUUCUCAUGCUGAAAGCCAGAAGACACACAGCAACUUAACUAGCUUUAGAGGCUCUGAUCAGAAUCAUCAGAUGACACAUACUAGUAGUUCUAAUGAGAGUGUAAGGAGUGAUUCUAGACCAGAUUACCUUGGCAAUGAAGUACAUGCCAGGUAUCAGUUUGCAAGGACACAUUCUAGUCCCGAGCUUACGGGUGCAUCUUAUCAAUUUUCAUCUCAAGGGAGGCAUAACAGAGCAUCGGAAACAAUAAAAGGGCAGAUUGCUACAAGGUUGGAUUAUAGCACGGGGAGAAACUUGGGCACUGACGUUUCAGAGAACAGCAAUGCAAUAUCUUCAACUGAAGACCUGCCUUCAUCAAGGUGGAACUCUUACCAUCAGCAGAUUCAUGCCUCUGUUGAGUCAAAUUGUUAUCAUGGUGAAUCUGGUUUAGGUCCCAUAGGAGAAGACAGACCUUCUGUUGCUGAGGCAAUGUGGAUGCAACAGGAAGAGCAAGAUUUUGUGAACAUGAUGGCUUCUUCAAAUGUUCACAUGCCUGUGAAUUUAGCUUCUGCUCAUCAACCUGUUCCAAUAUCACCUUCUGUUUUAACUUCUUUGGGAUAUGCUCAUGGAAAUCCAGCUGGUAUUGUUCCCCCUUGGGGCCCAAAUAUGCAUUAUUCUCAAGGUUUAGUGUCUUUGCCAAUAUCCCAAUAUUUUUCGAAUAUAGGAAUGACCUCAAAUCAAGAAGAAAUCGUUGAGCCAAUUGAUGAUAAUUUGGUAGCUAGAGAAACGUAUCAGGAAGACAGUGAUCAUGGUUUUUGGUCUGAGCGAGAUGGGUUUGAUGUUGAUAAUGGAAGCUUCCCAGUGCAACGGUUGAAUGAAAAGAAACAGCUCACUUCAGGAGGGUAUCCCAAUUCUUCAUCGCCAGUGAGCAGCUUGGAAAAACAUUCAACAAAAGCUCAUUCUUCAAUUAAAGAUAGCAGAGGGUUCAUUAGGGAAAAUUCGGGUGACAAUCCCCAGCAUCAAAACAUCAGUGGAAAUGACGUUUACUCUGUUAGUUCAAAAUUUUUUCCUGCUUCCCAUGCUACUUCAAGAUUUAAACUGUCAUCUGAAGCUUCCUUGGAUGGCUCAUCUUCGAAGAUUUCUAGGUCAACAAGGGACAGAAAAGGGAGGAAAUCUCCCUCUGCAGAUCGGUCUACUUUUUAUGAGAAUGGGUGGCAAUAUGAGAGUGAAUCAGUUGAUCAUGUUUCUUCUAAGACUGAUGAUGACAAUGGAGACUGGAUUCCACUAUCGACAACUGGCACGGAAGUGGCAGAGAGCACGGUUCUUGAAACAGUUUCUUCUUCACUUGUGCGGACCCAUGAAAUACCUGAUUAUGAACCAGGACAGCUCAGUGUAUCAAAGUCAAUGCUUCCCAUUGCUCCAAUUCUUGCAAAUUCUGGUUCAAGGCAGCGAACGAUUGAUAAAAAUGGGAUGUUACCUUGGUUUUAUCCCACAGGUCCACCAGUUCCUUUUGUAACUAUGCUUCCAUUUUACGGUUUCCCAACUGAGAAAGGUACCUCUGAUUCAUCCACUAACCAUAUUGAUAGGGGUGAGGGAUUCAAUAACCACCAUAGUAGUCAGUCUAAUCAAAGGUUAGAUUCAACUGAGAACCUUGAUGAGCCAGACACUUUUAGUUGUUCUAGUUCUGCAAAGGGAUCUACAUCAGUUGAGCCUUCUGAAGAACACAAGUCUGAUAUCUUGAACAGUGACUUUGCAAGCCAUUGGCAGAAUCUGCAGUAUGGACGGUUUUGCCAGGAUCCCAGAGAUCAUGGGCCCAUGUUUUAUCCACCAUCUGUUGUUGUACCACCAAUGUAUAUGCAGGGUCAUUUUCCAUGGGACAGCCCUGGAAGACCUCCAAAUGCAAGCCUUUUCACACAGCUUAUGGGUUAUGGUCCCCGCAUGUAUCCGGUUUCACCUCUGCAGUCUGGUACUAAUAGGCCCUUGAGUGGUUAUCGACAUUAUGGUGAUGAUGCUCCUAGAUAUCGUGGUGGGACUGGAACUUACCUGCCUAAUCCUAAGAUGGCUUUUAGGGACAGACACUCCUCAAGUGGCAGGAACCGGGGGAAUUACAGUCAUGAUCGGAAUGAUCACCAUGGCGACAGAGAAGGCAAUUGGUAUAAUAACAAUUCAAAGCAAAGAUUUUCUGGUCGUGGUCGGGGUCGCAACCAAGUUGAGAAGCCAAACACAAGAAUAGAUCGGAAUAAAACAAGCAACAGCCGAUCUGAUAGGCCAUCAUGGAAUGCGUUCAAGCCUGACUAUUUCCCUUCAAAUCAUUCUCAGAAUAGUCCAUUCAGCUCUUCAAACUCCAUGCACCGUGGCUCCUCAAAUGUAGCAUACGGCAUGUAUCCACUUCAAAUGGUGAAUCCUGAUGGAGUUUCUCCUGGGACAGCUGGACCUCCUUUUUUUAUGUUUUAUCCAUAUGACCAAAACAUGGUUUGUGGUGGUUCGACUGAGCAGUUUGAAUUUGGGUCUCUUGGAACAGUGCAUUUCUCAGGCACAAAUGAAGUAGUGCAGGUUGGUGAAGGUUCAUCAAAGAGCAUCAAUGUGCAGCAAAAUUUUCAUGUAGAUACUGCACAAUCUUCACCGGAUAAACCCUCCUCACCCAAGUUUCAAAGAUCAAGAUCUAAGAGGAAUUAUCAUUUAAAAGAUGUGGAUUUCCCUCCUCUUCCAUAUUCAAAGCAGAUACAUAAGUGGGAGCAACAAUGAUAUAGUUUAUACUCCCACUUUUAGAACCUCCGUGUUCACACCUCUCAUGCAAAGAAUCUUCUUGGGUCUUUUGCUCCUGUAGCUUGCAGCUUCCUUGGUCCGCAGACAAAUUACAGUUUCACAACAGCAAUACAGUUUGUAUUUCUUGCCACAAGAAAAGUCGCAUUUUAAUUUCUUCGAUUCUGUGGUGGCAUGAAGAUGGAUAACGAUGGUGGGAGAGACGUUAAACCAAGGUGUAGGAGAGGGAUGACAAAGGUGAACGAGAAAAAGAGGAUUGCUGUCGUUCUUUCUCCUUUUUUGUAGCACGCUUCUACAUAUCUCCUAAUUGGGUUAGGUUUUCACCUCUGGAAAAGAAGUUAGUUAAGACUUCUACGUUGGUUCAUUGCUAGGGUUUUGUAUUGUAUGUUUACCAAAUGCUCUGCUUUACUAGCUUUCUCCUUUCUUGCUCAAAAAUAAUUAAAAAAAAAAUGAAAAACAAGAAUUAUGAACCGUAAUGUUGUAUUUUGUUUUGGAGAAGUCUUCAGUUAGUAUCAGUGGCAGAAUGCGAGGGUUCUUCCCUUCAUUGAUGAAUGAGAUGGCUGUAUCCAAUUCAUUCAUAA